UCAUAAUGUUAUAACAAAUUCUCCUUCCUAAUUCCCUCUAUCCAAAAGGGUCCUAAGUAAAUUAACCAAACCGGGUUUAGGAUUGAAGGAUAAACUUUCGAAACCGGGUGGGGGAGAAAAAAAACUCGCUAACAGAAGAGGCAAAGACAAGCAAAGGUCCGGCGGGACUGCAGGGAAAUGGGGGAAAAGCUAGACGAUGAAGUCGAAAUAUUGAAGCAAGUAUUUGGCGAUUCUUCGGAAGACGAAGACUUCAUUGAUGAAACUGUGACGACCGAUUCAUCAUUUGAAUUGGGUCACAUUCAUAAAUGGGAGCAGGUCAAGCAAAUCAAAGGAUUGUGGCUUUGCAGAUUCUUCCUCUCUCCCCAACAACAAUCAUCGCUUCUCUCCGCAAUUCGAAACGAAGGGUGGUUCAUGGAAGCCUCUGAAAAUCAGGCCAUGAGGUUUGGAAACCUUCCAACAUGGGCUGUUGAACUUUCAGAUUCUGUUUAUGAAGCAGUGCUUUCAAGUAACCACAAGACGGAUACCUCGAUUGCGGAUUGCUAUAAUGGAGAUAAGAUUGAUUGUCCUCUUCCAUCAGAUAUUUUGUGGAGAGAACCACUAUUUGAUCAAAUGAUAGCUAAUGUGUAUCAACCAGGUGAGGGAAUCUGUGCACAUGUUGACCUUAUGCGUUUCGAAGAUGGAAUUGCCAUUGUCUCCCUCGAGUCACCAUGCGUAAUGCAUUUUACCCAUGUUGAUGAAAGUUCCUGCGAUCCUUCAAUCAAAGGAGAAGGCAUUUUAUCAGCAUUGAAAGUACCUGUAUAUCUAAACCCAGGAUCUCUUGUUAUAUUGUGGGGCGAAGCCCGCUACCUCUGGAAGCAUGAGAUAAACCGUAAGCCUGGGUUUCAAAUAUGGGAAGGCCAAGAACUUUCUCAGGGGAGGCGAACUUCCAUUACACUGAGAAAGCUGUGUCAUGUUGAAUAGGAAGUUCACAGAUUGGGGAUACAUUUUAUUCCAUGAUCAUGCUUUGUUGCGUUUAACUAAAUGAACCAUUAUUUGGCUAGGAUUUUCAAGUCACUGUUCUAGAUCUUGAGAAGGAGAAAUUAAAAAAGGAUGCAGAUAUUUCUAUAAAGGGAGCAGUUUUAUGGUUGAUAAAAGAAUAUGAAGGUCCAACAAGUUAAAAUAAAAUCUGACAUCAAGGUAAGCAACUUGGUUCCAUCUUCCCAGGAAAGGGAGGGGAAAGAGAGCUGAAGAAAAAAGAGAAGGACGUUUGGGUUUUAGCCUUUAGGUAAUGUUAAAUUAUAAUUUUAGUUUCUAGACUUCAACAUAGUUUGGUUUAUAAAAGGUUUCACCAAUGCUCAUAAGUUUGUAAUUCCAGUUUUAUCAAUUUCCUUCCUUAUCAAUCGAUAUCAUUAUUUAAA